CGAAUGUAGUUAUAUACAAAUAGCACGAUUGGAGGGUAGAACCGAAAUUUACGCUCUUGCAAAAAAAGGUGAAUAGCUGUCUACAUGAAGUAUAAUACUGUUAACUGUACGAAAUUUUUUUGGUUAUAUUGAGCAACCUUGUAAACCCAACUGAUGAGCGAGGAAAAUGAAUAUGUUUUCAGUUGUUGUUUGGAAUUGGUGACAAACUGUAAAGCAAAGAAAUGAGGGAUGCGUCAUUGUGACAGCGUUUGAAGGAAAGAGUUUACUUUCUACAAAGUAUUUAGUAUUUUUUAUAAUAUUAACAAAAAUAUAUGUAAACUGUUUUGCUGUUGACAUUUCAUGGAACACAACUGUAUUACUUGAACUAUUAACGACGUCCGAAAUAUUGAAUUUUUGAUAGGAAAUUAAUUUAUUCAAAAAAAAAAAACUAGUUCGAUUUCGAGAAUCCCAACAAUGCAAAAAGAAGAAAAAAAACGUUCCGACCCGAUUAUCGCCAUUCUGGGUAGCGAUCUGGGACUUUGGCAGUUAAUCGUCUGCUUAUGGAUAUUCUUGUCUAAAUUUCCCACCGGUUGGGUGCAAAUCUCCAUGGUCUUCUUGCAGACGCCCGUUAAAGCCUCGUGCAAAGGUGGCAGCGGCACGAAUGCCACCGACGUCUGUGAAGCUAAUUGCGAUGGUUACGAAUAUGAUCGUAGCAUUUUUAAGCAGAACAUUAUAAUGGAAUGGGAUUUGAUAUGCGAUCGCCAGUGGCUGGAACAGAUGUCGCAAUCUUUAGUUAUGGUCGGCAUUAUGUUGGGCAAUAUGAUUAUGGGCAUUCUGGCUGAUAAAUGGGGACGUCGCCCCAUGUUUGUGGGCUCAUGUGUUCUUCAACUUGUGUCAGGUUGUUUGGUGUCGGCAUCACCAUGGCUUUGGUUUUAUAUACUAAUGCGGUUCUUGGAUGGCUACGCAACUGGUGGCACAAUGGUCACAGGGUUCACAAUCAUCAUGGAAAUCGUGGGCCCAAGUAAACGUGAAAUAAUGGCCAUACUCUAUCAGAUACCAUUCAAUGUAGGUCAUGCCACACUACCGCUAUUCGCUUACUUUUUACGAGAAUGGCGUUGGUUUCAUUUAUCAUUUUCAUCAUUCUCAGUUGUUUAUCUAGUUUUCUUUUUUACCGUACCAGAAUCUCCCCGUUGGCUUGUUAUAACCGGUCGCAAUGAGCGGGCCGUCAAAUUGCUUGAGAAAGCAGCGAAACGCAAUAAAAUGCCAACCGAUAAGGUGGCACAAGAUAUAGAGGAGGCACAGCGAGUUUUAACAGCAUCUGCAACUACAAACAAAGGUUAUAUCGGUGAUCUAUUCAAACAUGCUUAUCUGUGCCAGAAGACACUUGCUAUGGCUUUCAAUUGGUUGGUUGUUUGUUUCGUCUACUAUGGCUUAUCCCAGUAUAUGACCUCACUGUCUGGAAAUAUAUUCCUCAAUAUUGCUGUGAGCGCACUUUUGGGUGUACCGGGAACCUGUUUGUGUGUACCGGCCACUAAAUAUAUGGGUCGCCGCCUUACAUUGUUCUUAUCAAAUCUGCUCAGUGGCCUGUCACUUACGCUCUUAGCAUUUGUUCCCAGCUUCGGCGGUCCCGUUAAGGUGAUAUUGGCAUCCAUUGGUUUGUUUGGUGCUUCGAUCACAUUUCCGAACGUAUAUUUAUAUGCCGGUGAACUAUUUCCAACUGUCGUGCGUCCUUCAGGGGUAGGCUUAUGCUCUUUUGUUGGUCGCAUUGGUUCGAUUGUUGCGCCGUGGGUUGAAGGUUUAAAAAAAUAUUAUAUAUCUAUACCUCCGGGGAUUUUUGGCCUUUUCGCUUUUUUAGCUGCUAUCUCGGUUUUUCUUAUGCCCGAAACGAAAGGUUAUCCAUUGCCGGAAACAAUUGAAGAUGGUAACACUUUUGGAAGAAAUGUGCCGAAACCGCAAAAUCAAUAGUUAAAUAUAACGAUUUAUAUAAAAUUUCAUGUGACAUUUAACGGAUUUAUUUAAUAAAAAUAUAUUUAGCUAUUUUAAAA